AUGGCCACCAAGAAGAAAGCACCACCCAAGAAACGCGCCUCGUCGCCGGCAAAAGGUAUUCGCUCCUCCAAGCGCUUGAAGGUCCAGACAUCAAAGGCUCGGCCUACGAUCUCGACUAUUCCCACUCAGGAAGAAAGCGCGUUUCUGAAUCUGCCGCGUGAGAUCAGAAACCAAGUGUACAUGCAGUUGCUUGAGGGACUAGAUCUUACAUUCCGCGUGAACAAGCUGAUCGUUGCUGCGAGACGGAACUCAAAAGGCUACUUUCGGCGCUCGAAACUAACUAAACGAGGCCUCCUGCUAUGGUUGCUAUCAAGCCAACAUAUCUGUUAUGAGGUUUUGGACUUGAUCGCGCGUACAUACACCUUCCAACCUUGUGGGCGCCCAAAGCUUGUAGAAAGCGAAAUCUACGAAGGAGUCCCGAACACGCUCGUCUUCACCAACGGCGGCGUACGAAAUAUCAGGAUGUUCCCUACCUUCCCCUGUAAUGCUUUGAGCACUGGUUCCGCUGGCGACCAGUCUGUUGCUUUCUUGAAGUUAAUGGACAACGUAUCUCUCAAGGAUGCCGAUCUGGGUAUGGUUUGGCAAUACGACAACGAGCACGCCCGGCAAGUCUGGAAGCAGAACGAACCCGCUAAGCUUACUAAUGAAUGGGGCAAAGAUUGGGAAGGGAAGUUUCGCAAAGUCAAGAUCAGUGUCGCGGUUUUCUCAGGACCUAAGAAAGAUACCAAACCAUUAUUCAUCAUGGAUGAUGCGGAGAAGUGUGCGCUGAGGCUAGUCGGUAAGGGUGGAGCUUUGUCCUGGGAGGAUCGCACCGAUGUGAUUCGAGGGUUCUGGGGGUAUAGGUUGUACCAGACAACGGCGUGGGUGCGACAUGUCACCAUGGAGCGGAAGGUGUAG